AGAGGAAGAAGAAGAAGAAGAAGAAGAGGAGGCAGACUGCUAAUUCUCUGAAUCCCUCACAGCAGAAACUGCUGCAAACUCUCCAAGCCGCUUCUUUUCUCUCUCUCUCUUUCCUUCUCUCCAACUGUGUGCAACAGUUGCGCGUCUCCACGUUGGAUAGAAAUAGCCUGAUCACUGCGCGCCGCAGAGCGCAGAGGAUCCGAGGCUCAGGUUUGAGAGAGUGGGAGAGAUCCCUUCUUCCAACGAUGAGGAAACUCUGAGGUGGCAUUACGACUUGUCCACUCCGUCCACUUUGCGCGUCCCUUGGCUGCUUACCAAAGGGUUAGCCCAUGUGCAGGUACCCCCUUGAGUGUGAUUCUGUUUUCACCCAGAUCUCUGCUGCCUGGACAAAUGCAUACAAAUGCAUUUAGGAGCUCAACGGACAAGGAGUGGACACGUUUCCGCGGCAGCAACGUGGAACUUUCUCCUGCUCCUGUCAGUAUGCUCAGCAGUACUCAAUGGAGAAGAAGACUACCUAACUCGAGGAGUGGAUAUUCUUCAUCGACUGGGGCUCACAACUCACAGCAGCUCACACAAUCCUUACGAGAGGACCAGUUCGCCUCCCACCGCUCACACCGACGCUCCCUCACCUGUGGACGCUGUUUCUGGAUAUGGGGUGUUACUCGACUCAAACUCCCUCUAUGAGGCUCCAGCAAGCAGUUUGUUCCCACCUGAGUUUGGCGAGGAGUUUUCCGUUGUGGUCAGCCUGAGCUCCUGGCGAGCAAACAAUGCCUUUCUUUUCAGCGUUACAGAUGGCAGGGACAGGCUGCGUUUUGGCAUUCAGCUGUUGCCACGUCGCGUGGUGGUGUACACCGCCGAGAAGGCCUCUAUCUACUUCACUUACAACUGGCAGGAUGGGCGCCAGCACCCUUUUGCCGUCUCCGUUCGCGCACGUUCAGUGUCUUUCUUUGCGGACUGCGGAGCGGUGCAUCAGCGGGAGCAGACUCUGGGCAGAUCUCAAACACUGGGGGAAUCUGGGGGUCUCUUCUCUCUCGGGAGGAUGAACUCCAAGUCCGCGCCGUUUGCCGGACAAGUCUGCCAACUAGACAUCUAUCCUUCGGCCCACGCUGCCACACAUUACUGCAGCUAUCUUAAAAAACAGUGCCGGCUGGCCGACACUGACCGAUUGCCUUCACCACACUCUGGUUUGGAUAUUGAGGCCAACGACCCCCCUUUAAGCCAUUCGACAAUGCCCCCACCUGGAAUAGCAGCUACCCAUCAUGCACCUGUUAUAUUCACAGCAGUUUUGUCUCAAGGUAGUUCGGACACACAAUAUUCCACACUGAGCCCACCAAUGCAACCUCAUCUGGGGGACCAGGACUACAUCUCCACAUUGGACCCCCGAGCCCACCUAUCCGCAUCCUCGCUUCGACCUGAACACUCGACCCUAGCUACACCGAGCACGCCGUCAGCUCUGGAUCUCGCCAGCAGCCCGACUGUCACCACUAGCAGUGACAUGUUGGCAAAAGACAGGCGUCCUCAGGGGGACACUGACCACUCAGAAAACAGUACCGAGAAAGAAAGCAGCUCUGGGAGUCAGCAGACACUCGAUGUCACCCCAGGCCUGAUUUCCCCAGUCAGGCAAAGUCGAGUGAAGGAAGGACUCAGGAACAACUCCAACACCAGCUUUACGGACUCUCGCUCAGGCCCUCAUGUCCCGGAAACUCAUGUGAGAGCCAACGGCACCACUCUGUACAGGGAGAACCAAGUUGACACUUCAGAAGAGCAUGAUUUAGAUGGCAGCUAUGAAAACGUCGACAUCGGAGGAUACGAUUAUGGAUAUGAGGAUCCGGACUUCUUCUACGACUACGAAGACGGUUUCCGUGGCCCCAAAGGAGAGCCAGGUCCUCCGGGUCCUCCUGGUCCCCCUGGCUUACCUGGUCCUGCAGGAAAAAGAGGUUCUCGGGGUCCCCCUGGUCCCAACGGAAACCCAGGACAGCCUGGACCACCUGGGCCAAAGGGUUCAAAGGGUGACCCCGGACUGUCACCAGGUCAGGCUCCGCCAGGAGAGAAGGGUGAUAAAGGCCCACCAGGUCUGACUGGACCGGACGGGUUUCCAGGUCUGCAGGGAGCCAAAGGUUAUCCAGGUCCACCAGGACUGCCCGGAGAUCCCGGCAUACCAGGAUCUCCCGGGGAAGCUGGGACUGCAGGUUACCCUGGCAGGCAGGGCUCAGCUGGACCACAAGGCAGCCCAGGGCCUAAAGGUGUCAACGGUUUUAUUGGACUACCUGGCGUUGCUGGGCCACUCGGCCUGGAGGGCGAGCGAGGCAUUCCUGGCCCCAGUGGAAAGCUUGGCCCCAAAGGAAGACAUGGUGUGGUGGGCGAUGCAGGGGAGAGGGGACCUCCUGGUCCAGAUGGCAAUGAGGGACCUGUCGGCGGGACUGGCAUUGGCGGCUUUCCAGGUCUGAGGGGGGAACCAGGGCCUGAGGGGCCACGAGGACUGGCUGGUCUGGUGGGGCCUCAGGGCCCAGCAGGACGAGCCGGCCCACCUGGAUUGAAAGGUGAUAAGGGUGACGUGGGACAAAGGGGCGAGCAAGGAGAGAUGGGGUACCAAGGUGAUAAGGGUGCUGUUGGAGCACCUGGUGUUACCGGGCCCAGAGGGAAACCAGGACCACCGGGUAGAAUUGGAGACAUGGGCAUGCAGGGACCACCUGGGCCGCCAGGACCAGAGGGGUUUCCUGGAGACAUUGGAGUGCCAGGACCCAAUGGCCCACCAGGACUAAAGGGUUUGCAGGGUGCAAGAGGACCUCAGGGUCCACCAGGGCCACAGGGACCACAGGGUGAUGAAGGACCGCUCGGCCCACCCGGCAGCGCUGGCCCUACUGGGAGACCUGGUAGAAAAGGAUACCUUGGUGAACCUGGACCCGACGGCUUAGAGGGAGAGAAAGGGGACAUGGGAAACGUUGGAAAAAAUGGACCACAAGGUCCGCUCGGCCCGAUUGGGAUAGCUGGGGUGAUGGGCGUUCCAGGUGAAAAGGGCGACCGAGGGCCGCCGGGUCCAACAGGUCCAGUUGGAGAGAAGGGGCCAACAGGGUAUCCAGGGUUGCCAGGAAGUCCAGGAGACAUUGGAAUGCAAGGUGCACCAGGUCUGCAGGGGCAGCGGGGAGUUCCAGGCAUCGCCGGGCCAAAGGGUCGAACAGGGCCCCGGGGUCCAGAUGGCCCACUGGGAGAACCAGGACCGGAGGGCAUCAGGGGUGAAAAGGGUGAGAUGGGACAAAAAGGAGAGCCAGGAUUCAUUGGCAUAGCCGGUGGUCCAGGAGAGAGAGGGCCCCCUGGAAAGGCUGGUAAAGCUGGUGUUCCUGGCAGCGCCGGGGAACGAGGGCCUCAAGGUGAACCAGGACCCAAGGGACCUCCUGGAGAUGCUGGUCCUGAUGGAGAGCAAGGGCCUGAAGGCGUGCCAGGUUUAGAGGGCGAACCAGGUGCCGCUGGCGAGCCAGGGUUAAAGGGAGAAGUCGGGCCCCCGGGAGCUGAAGGGGAGCUGGGACAGGAGGGAAUGAGAGGCGCUCCUGGUCCCCCUGGUGAAGACGGUCCUCAAGGGAAGGAUGGAGCUAAGGGGGAGCCUGGCGAGCGUGGUCCGAUUGGAGAACCAGGAGACAAGGGGAUUGAAGGUGACCCUGGAGCUCCUGGACCACCUGGCGGGCCUGGAAAACAGGGCUUUCGUGGGCCGGAGGGAAAACUGGGUCCUCCAGGAAAGAGAGGAAGGCCUGGAAAGAAGGGAGAGAAGGGCCCUCCGGGUCUUGUCGGCGAGGUUGGCAGCCGGGGAGAUGUUGGCCAGCCGGGCGAGCCGGGCCUGAAGGGCGCCAGGGGAACUCGAGGCUCACCUGGUCAGCCGGGAGUCAUGGGACCGGAAGGGCAACCAGGACUGGCAGGAUACCCCGGUCAUCCUGGAAAACUGGGUCCAAUUGGACCUCCAGGCCCUAAAGGGGAAAAGGGUUAUCCAGGAGAGGACAGUAAGACCCCCGGACCUCCAGGGCCCUUAGGUGAACCAGGGCCCCCAGGAGAACGAGGAGAGCGCGGAGAGCCAGGAGAUGAAGGCUAUCAGGGCCAUAUUGGUACCACCGGACCUCGUGGGGCUGUUGGACCUCAAGGUCCACCGGGAUCACCAGGCCAGCCUGGCGAACCAGGCCCGAUCGGAGAGAACGGAGCUCCAGGACCAGCUGGAAAGAAAGGGGCAAGAGGUCUAAGUGGAGCUCCUGGCCUCGAAGGGCCCUUUGGUCUACCUGGACCUGUGGGAAUGAAGGGGUACCCAGGGCCUGAUGGCCCCCCGGGUCUCACCGGCCUACCAGGACUACCAGGAAAAGAAGGAUGGCAGGGUCUUAAAGGCUCGGUAGGACAGGAGGGACCUGCUGGUCGCCCGGGUCCCAGAGGAGAGCCCGGAUUUCCUGGGUCGCCUGGAGAAAGAGGACCACCUGGUUUGAAGGGCGAAGUUGGCCUUCCUGGGGACAGGGGAGCCGCUGGAAUCAAGGGCGUGGAGGGGACAACAGGUGACCAGGGAAAGAAAGGCGACCCAGGCCCCAAAGGACAAGCAGGGGAAUCUGGAGAUGUUGGAAUGGUUGGUUUACAAGGCUUUCCAGGGCCAAAGGGUCCAAAUGGUGAAAUUGGACUUAGAGGCUUCUCCGGCCCUAAAGGCCCAAUGGGUACAAUGGGAUUCACUGGACCUGUAGGCCCUGAAGGAAUGAUAGGCCCUCUGGGAAAACCUGGACCCAGGGGCCCAAGAGGAAGCAAUGGUGAAAUGGGGCCUCAAGGACCGCAAGGAAAUCCAGGACCCAGAGGACCCCCAGGUGCUCCUGGUCCAACAAGACAGAUAUAUGAUGACAGAGCAGUGUACAGUGUGUCUGACUCCAAUGCUGCCCUCAGGACAGAGAGUUUCCAGAACAUGGAGAUAAGCCUGCCAGACCCGAAUACAGAGAUACUGAAGACGCUACACUAUCUGAGCAGUGUGAUUGAAAGCAUUAAAAAGCCCCUCGGCACCCGGGAAAACCCGGCUCGUGUCUGUAAGGACCUGAUGGACUGCCAACACAAGCUGAAAGAUGGAUGGUUCUGGAUCGAUCCGAACGUGGGCUGUACUUCUGAUGCCUUCAGAGUCUUCUGCAACUUCACUGCAGGGGGACAGACGUGUUUACAUCCAGUGGCAUCUAAUAAGAUGGUGUUCGGUGUCGGGAAAGUCCAAAUGAAGUUUCUCCAUUUACUGAGCACUGAAGGCAGCCAAAGCAUCAUGCUCCACUGCCUGAGUGAUCCACCCUACGGCACCGCAGACAGCCUGAGCCACGCCGAACCUACACACACAGAGAACAGCCGGCUCCGAUUUCGUGGCUGGAACAAACAGAUGUUUGAGAAAGACACACUACUUGAACCACAUGUGCUACAAGAUGAAUGCAAGAUCCAAGACGGCAGCUGGCACCAGUCACAUUUCUUCUUCCAUACUCAGGACAGUCGUCAGCUACCUAUCGUAGACAUACAGGAAUUCCCCAAUCCACAGCUCAACAGUCAGCGACGCCUCGAGAUCGGGCCGGUCUGCUUCCUCUGACACCGACGUCACCGUCCUGUGACCCUUUUACAUAAGCCACUUAAAUCCACAGACAUUUAAAAAUGAGUUCCCCCACAAAGAGACACUUGCCAGCUUGCUGGAGUCAGUGUCCAUGAGAGUUUGUGUUUGUUGGAGAGCUUUAACGGGACUUUGUGUGAAUAACAAAUGCCCUAUGUCCAAUCGUAGGCAGACGUCCACGAAAGAACUCAAUCUCUGUGGAUCAUCCAGGCCAAGAAUGCCAGAGAAGAGUGUAUGCCGAUAUUUAUCAAAUAAAUGUGUAAAGUACAUUUUGUUUGCGUAACUUUCAGUCAAACGGUGCUUAGGUUUGCUGCAUAUGGACC